UUGGACUCGACUCAGUUCAAACCAUCGCGUGACCAGCGUCAAGCAGUGAACCGGUUCAAUCGCUUCGUCAUUGGAGAAGACUAUGCAAAGGAGGCGGCCCGGCGAUUUCCUCUCACGCGAGAACAAGCACGCAAGCGUGACACCCAUUUUGACCUCGUUGAGAGGAUCCAUGAAGCUGAGACGGAGCACUUGAAAGCUCCGCCCCAGCCGGCGCAUGAGCUCAAGGUGACACUGGAGCCAGACACCUUUACUGAUGAGAAGUUCGCCGUCUUUGAUAACUACCAGAGAGUCGUACAUGGGGAGUCCCCUUCAAGCAUCAGCCAGAAAGGAUUCAAGAAGUUCCUUUGCAACUCACCCGUCAGAAGAGGCAUACACACUGACUCUAACGGGAAGAGUCGGCAAGUCGGCUCAUUUCACCAGUGCUAUCGCCUCGACGGCAAGCUGGUGGCGGUUGGGGUUCUAGACUUACUUCCCGAGGCAGUCAGUGCUGUCUACUUCAUGUACCAUGAGUCCAUACACAAGCACCAGCCGGGUAAGCUUGGUGCGUUGAGAGAGAUCGCCUUGGCAAUGGAGGGCGGCUAUCGGUAUUGGUGGGCUGGCUAUUACAUUCACAGCUGUCCCAAGAUGCGCUACAAAAUCGACUAUCAUCCACAGUACGUGCUAGAUCCCGAGACAUUGACUUGGGAUCUCUUAGACCAAGACGCCUUGGCAAUAUUCGACAAGAAGCACUAUGUCAGCCUAUCCAAAGACAGGCGAGCUGGUACAGAGGGCAAAGACGACGUCGUCAGCAGCAGCGCCGGCGAGGACCGUGUUGAAAGCACUCUCUCUGAAGGCGACGAUGAGAUGGACUACAGUGACGAGGACAACGGUGACGAGGACAACGGUGACGAUAUCUCGCUCUUCCACAGCGAUAUGCCCGGGAUUAUUGCCGUGUCGGACCUCGAGAAUACGGUUGACCUGGAUCACAUCCGCGUCAUGUCUGACAACACGGACGGCUUCUUCUUCACUGGUGAAGCCAACAUCUGGGACCGCAGUAGCGUACGCGAAGUUGGGUCUCUCAAGUCCCGAAUCGCGGAACUGGCGGCCGCCAUAGGACCGGAUCUUCUCCCACAGAUCUGUCUCGAUUUCCGACGGAAACGACAAUAA